AUGCCCACCAUCGCCCAGCGCCGGCGGCAGCAUAGGCGGCAGAACUCGACCCCGUCGGCCUUUGAAACAGUGAAGAUCCAGAAGAACCUGCCCCCCAACCACAGCAACAACAUCAACACCAACAACACCAACAGCAACGGACGGCCUGCCGGAGGCCAUCGCCGCGGUCUUAGCCUCGAUACCAGGAGGCAACACAUAAGGCAGCGGUCGACGGCCUCGGCGACGACGGCGACACCAUCACCCGCGGGACCCAGGCAGGACUUCACAACGGUAGGCCCGGGCACGCAAUAUGCCUACGCCAUGACUGGAACAACUCAAGCACAGCCAGCAACAGCACCCCCAACGAUAUCGUCCCAUGAGGACUUUCUCGUGUCAGUCCAUGGAAAUCCUCACGCUCAGAGAUUCGAUCCGAACUGCUUCGAUCCCAAUUCUAUCCCCUUCGAUCAGUACUUGAUCAUGCAGAAGAGUCGCGCCAAUUUCGAGAAUAGCAUGGCUGCUUCUAACGAACUCUUCGCCGCCAACAGUGCCCUCUCCACACCCACCUUCGUCAACUUCCAGGAGAACCCUGUGCAGGCUCAGGGCUGGACGUCUGAGGGAGAGGCAUCCGCUGGUAGGCGGACUGUAAGGCGUAUCAGCAACGGAAUCAUGGAUCGGGUAGCCAAGUUCGAAAAUCUGAACGAGGAAACUCAGAGGGCUUCUACACCUCCACCCCAGAAUGUAAACAAUUGUCUCCCCACACCCCAGACUGAGGCUGCUGCCACCCAAGUUCAAGUGAACCAGGAGCAGCCUCCUAGACCGAAUCGUUUUAGCGACGGAUACGACGAGUCCAUGGAGGAGACUAUCAAGCCGGCAAGGAGGUCCGCUCAGCACAAGUCGACAGUUUUCGAUGAGAUGCGUAGGCAGGCCGAGCAACAAGAGCAGCAGCAGCAACAGCAGCAGCCUCAUCAACAACCACAACUCCAGAGGAUUGCCCCCGCUGGCCCUCUUCCCCAGAGAGCCAACACCAUGCCCGACUACAAGACCACAAACUUCCACGGUAUGGCCGUCAUCCCUGGCGGCCAUGACUUCAUGGACAUGAACAACUUUAGCCACGAGUUCAUGAAGAUCCGGAGUGGUUACGAUGGCAUGAACUUUGGCAUGGUCGACGGAAUACCAGACAUGGCGAACCCUGAUCUCCCUCAGCCUAGCCCCUUUGACAAUCUCCCUGAUCUCCGACCUCACGACUCCGUAUCCCAACCAAACUCCCCUAGCCGAUCCCAUUCUUCCCGCCGAGCUUCUCCUCACCGCCGGACAGACUCUCUCGCCAGCAUCGCCAGUGCUGCAAGCAUCGCCGAUAUCAACAUUGAAGAGACGCGCACCGAGACGGGCAUCACGAUCGAGGAUAUCGCGACUUACAUCCAAGGCCCUGAUCCCGUCGACAACAAGUGGCUAUGUCUCUACGAAGGCUGUGGCAAGCGCUUCGGCCGCAAGGAGAACAUCAAAUCCCACGUCCAAACCCACCUCAACGACCGUCAGUACCAGUGCCCAACCUGCAAGAAGUGCUUCGUCCGGCAACACGACCUCAAGCGCCACGCAAAGAUCCACACGGGCAUCAAGCCGUACCCCUGCGAGUGCGGAAACAGCUUCGCGCGCCACGACGCCCUUACCCGACACAGACAAAGAGGCAUGUGCAUCGGUGCCUUUGACGGCAUCGUGCGCAAGGUCGUCAAGCGCGGCAGGCCGAGGAAACACCGCCCGGACAUGGAAACGAGGGUCGACAAGGCGACACGCACGCGAAAGAAGAACCUGUCCAUCAGCUCGAUGUCGUCGCAGUCCGGUUACUCCGACGCAAGCUCGGCGCCUGGCUCCCCUCGGAACGACUUUGACAUGCUGGACAGCAGCGGCUUCGACCUGAUGGACGUCGCCAUUGACAAUUCCACAAUCAACGGGGUGCCGCCCAUGCUUGGUGGCCCCGCCCCCGGUCAGCACCAGAUGGCCACUCUCCCCGCCGCCGAUACCUCCAAUCUCCAACAAUACGCCAACUCCCCCGAGAGCCACCACUCGUACGUCUCGCCCGAGGCCAUCAUGGAACCUCCGCAAGCGCUACCGCCCCAUCCACAAUCGCCAGCCAAGAGCAUCGCGAGCCAAUUCAACGAGCCGCCCGAGCUCUCGCAGUCCUCGUCUCCGCCGCCUAGUCGUCUCUUCGACGUCGAGCCGAACACGUCCAUCACUGACGACUCGAACCUGUCUGCCUUUGUCCCGAUUACCUCGGCGGGCCAGAAUCUCAAUGGUUCGUUGACGGUGGGCAUCGGUGAGCAGGACGACGAGAUGCUCCUCAAGGCGUUUACGAACGAUGAGAGAUUGCUUCCUUUGGAUAGGGAUCCGUCCAUGUUUAUGAUGAGCAAGUUUGAUGAGGAAUACGCCGUGAGCAUGUUGAAUGCGGAGAACGAAAUGUUCUUCGGAAGCUGA